GACUCGACUCAUAAAAGGACCUGGCUACCCCGUCGCGUGCUCUUGUUUCCCUUCCUCUUCACCCUCGUUGUCAUCCGUCCGUCGUUCGUUAAGACAAGAAUUCUACUUCAGACUUUCGCUUUGAGAUCUAUCUCGAUUACUUUACACUACUAAUUCUAAUAUCAACAAACUCGAAAUCCAUCAACAUGCGUUUCACCUCCAUCUUCGUUGCCGGCGCUUUCGCCACCAUGGCCGCUGCCCAGAGCAAGACUGCUUCUGUCUCUCCCGCUCAACAGUCUCAGCUUGACUGCCUUGACGCCUGUGAUGCUGGUGAUGUCAAGUGCCAGUCUUACUGCAUCAAGGUCCCCUCUCCCGAUGAGAAGAACAUCAACGCCACCACCGAGUGUGUUGCCGCCUGCCCCAAGGGCAAGGGUUCUGCCUCCGAUACUGAGAAGUACUCUGUCUGUCUCCAGGACUGUAUCGCCAACAACUACUGGAAGACCAUCGACGGUACUCCCCAGGAGACCGGCGCUGCUGGUUCCAAGGACAAGGCCUCUUCCGCUGCCGAGUCUGCUGCUUCCAAGGCCACCGGGACUGCCUCCGAUGAGGACAGCACCGCCACCGCUUCUGCCUCUGAGUCUGAUGCCACCGCUACCGACGCCUCUGAGACCGCCUCUGGAUCUGCCUCCGGCACUGCUUCCGGCUCCGCUGCUCAGUCUUCCGAGACUGGCAAUGCUGCUACCGCCCUCGUUGGUGGUGUCUCUCUCCUCGGUCUCGUCGCCGCUGUCUUCGCUCUGUAAAUUGGAUCGCCUCUUUUGGACAUCUGGUUGAUAGAAUGGAAGGAUUUUAAUGGGUUUGCUCUAGAGCGGUAAUGAUUGGAGUUUGAUUUCAAAUGUGAUACAUGUUGGGCAUCAUGACGAAGGCCUCUUUGGGCCGGAUCGACUUUUCAUGGACAAAUUAUUGGGACACCUUGCGCGUUCACAUACGGCUCGACACGAGCAUCAAUACAAUACCUCUUUGUUUGCG